AAAGAUGUCGCCUACCAAUGAAGGAAUUACAAUUAUCCAUUCUAUAAAUAUUGAUGUACUUGACUUUGUUUUUCAUCAGGAGAGGAGAAGAUAGAAAUUUGAAGUUUGAGGUUCUGCAAGUAUUACCAUGGCUGAAGUGAAGGUGAUUGGCUCUACUGCUAGCCUCUUCUGCUUAAGGGUUGAAUGGGCUUUGAAGUUCAAAGGUGUGGAGCAUGUGUACUUGGAGGAAGAUCUGAGAAACAAGAGUCCCAUGCUCCUUAAAUACAAUCCUGUCUACAAGAAGGUUCCUGUGCUCCUCCACCAUGACAAAUCAUUCCUGAGUCGCUUGUCAUUCUUGAUUAUGUCGAGGACACUUGGAAGGACAAUCCAUUGAUGCCUGAAGAUCCAUAUGAGAAAGCCACAGCUCGCUUUUGGGCAAAAUUUGCAGAUGAGAAGUGCAUCUUUGGUGCAUGGGGAGCCUGCUGUGCUGAAGGAGAAGAGAAGGAGAAAGCUAUAGAAUCUGCAAUUGAAUCAUUCAAAUUCCUUGAAAAGCAGAUUGAAGGGAAGAAGUUUUUCAGUGGUGAACAGAUAGGCUACCUCGAUCUAGUACUUGGUUGGAUCCCUUUCUAUCUCAAUGUUAUGGAAGAAGUUGGAGACAUGAAGCUGGUUGAUGCUGAGAGGUUCCCAUUGCUUCAUGAAUGGUCCCAGAACUUCAGUGAAACUCCAUUAAUCAAAGAAUGUAGUCCUGCAAGAGAUAAACUUGUCAACUACUUUACUGCUUCUUUGAGCUACUUGCGUUCCUUGGAGGCCAAAAAGCAGUGAAUUAUCUUAUCACUUGUGUUGAUUUCUUUGCGUUGUGUGAAAGACUCUUGUGAGUUUUUUUUUUUCUGCAACAUCUCAACAGCUGUUGUAUCAGCAUUUAUAAUAAUGCAGUAAGUGGUCU